AGCCAUGUCGGGCCGGGUAAAGAGAAAGUCAUUGAAGGCAUUAGCGGCAGAGGGCCACGAGGAGUUCUUCCCAUCAGCUGUCUCUGCCCUGAAGCGAAAGCAACGUCUGGAAGAUUCAGUGGUUCCUUUAGGACCAGCUCCGGACAACAGCAUCAAGGAGGUUGGUGCUAACAUCAGCAGCCCUGUACCACAGAAGCCAGCUGACCCACCAAAGCAAAUUCGCACCUGUGGAAAGGCUGGCUGCGCUGCAGAGAUUCCAAUAUGCUUCGUUGGAGCUAGUGACAGAUGUGCGGGCAUGAGUUACACAUCACGAUGGUAUCACCUCACCUCUGGUGAACAUUUCUGCAAUGAUUGCUUCGACCAUUUCUACAGAAAUACAAAGCCAGGGUUCCAAGCUUACUGCCACUGGAGAGAUGAGUGGGCAGCAAAUGGAAAAACCGAACCUACUUUAAAAUUAUACAUGCAAGAUCAGCAUUUACCAUAUUGGGUGCAGUGUACAAAACCAGACUGUACCAAGUGGCGGCAGCUCUCCAGAGAAGUAGAGAUUACAGUCGAAUUCAUUCAGUCAUACUAUUGUGGGAAGAAAAUAAAUGGAAAGAAGGAGAAUCCGGACGCGUGCUCGGUGUCGGAGGACCACCGCGUCGCGCAGGUCUACGACCCGUACUGGAUGCACGCCGUCGUGCAGCCGCCGCUGCUCAAGCACUCGCCCGCAGCCGAGUUCCUCGUCUCCUACUAUCCGGACGGCGUCGGCAUGAGCGCCACCGGCAGCGUGGUGCCUGUCACGAGCCGCAUAGAUGGUUCCUCCAUUGCUCCAGAAGAUCUGUGGAAGAUGUAUCACCCUGGAGAUGUGAACAAAAACUUUCAGCCAUUCUAUCAGCCAGGGGAACAAGGCAAAGCCCUGUCGGUCCGGCCAGACAUAAUGGAAUAUGAUGAAGUACAUGAAUUCCCAGAAUAUGUGAGAGAGCAAGCAAUGUAUCUUGGAAUCAGAAAUCUUGUAGUAUCGCUAUGGUAUAGAAACUGUAAGGAGUGGUUGACGCCGCGGCGGUGCGCUGAGCACCUCAUCUGCCGCGGCCUAGUGCGUCUGCUCUGCGUCGAGGAGCUGAAACGUGUGCUCGAGUUUCUCACGCGCAAGGGCAUCGUCAAUAUCGGCCUGCUGAGUCCGCCGCAGGACUGCGCGGCCAUCCCUCGCCAGUACAGCAACGAGAAUGUCAUUGUCAUCGGUGCGGGGACAGCUGGAUUGGCAGCGGCGAGGCAGCUGCAGAACUUUGGUGCUAAGGUGACAGUGUUGGAGGCCAGGGACCGUAUUGGAGGCCGAAUCACCGAUGACUCAUCACUGGGUCUCACCGUGGGCCGCGGAGCACAGAUCGUCAAUGGCUGCGUGAACAACCCAGUCACGAUAAUGUGCGAACAGGCGGGAGCACCGGUGAAGACUAUCUCGGAGCGCUGCAGCCUGUUUGGCGAGACGGGCGAGCGUGUGAGCGAUAAAGCGAACCGUCGCAUCGACUUUCACUUCAACGCCGUUCUCGACGCCGUCGGCGAGUGGCGGAAGGACAAGCGACCAUCCAACGACGUCGCCCUCUACGACAAGCUGAUGGAGAUGCAUGGCAACUUCAAGGAGGAGACGCAGCUAAACUUCAGUGGCGUAAUGGUGGAAGAGCAGCUGAUCGGCUUCCACGUCAGCAACCUGGAGUACGCGUGCGGCAGCCGCAUCGACGACGUCUCUGCACUCAACUGGGACCAGAACGAGAGCUUCGCACAGUUCACGGGCGACCACGCGCUGCUGCCGCACGGCUACUCUACCCUGCUCACACGGCUAGCCGCUGGGCUGAACGUGGAACUAAACACAGAGGUCACGAGUGUAGACUACACUGGAGAGCUUGUGGUUGUGAGGAGCACCACGGGACAAGAAUGGACCCCAACGAAGGUGCUGGUCACAUUGCCGCUAGCUUUACUGCAGGAGGGAACAAUGAAGUUUAAUCCACCUCUAAGCGAGGAAAAGCAACAGGCAUUAGUCCACCUCGGAGCCGGCUGCAUCGAAAAGGUGGCGUUGAAGUUCACACAUCGUUUCUGGCAGAAGCGACUCAAUGAUGAGGAUUUUUUCGGACACGUGCCGUCCUGCCAGGACAGUCGAGGCCUCUUUAGUGUCUUUUUCGAUCUCACCGCUGAGGGAGGCAGUGACUACGUUCUCGUAAGCCACAUCAGCGGACCUGCUCUCAAUCUCAUUAAAGACAAAACCGACCAGCAGGUGGUCGAUAUGGCAACGGAUGUGCUUAGAAAGCUAUUCCCAGAGGAGACAAUCUCUGAUCCGACCUCAUACAUUGUGACACACUGGCGAGACGACAAGUAUUCCAAGAUGGCGUACAGCUACGUAGCGACGGGUGGGCAGGGUGAGGCUUACACCGUCCUCGCUGAGGAGAUCGACAAGAAGGUCUACUUUGCCGGCGAGGCCACGAACAGACACUUCCCGCAGACGGUGACUGGUGCCUAUCUCAGCGGAAUCCGAGAGGUUGCCAAGAUGGCCACGCCGUAAACGAGACGACUGCACCAGAGGGAGCACCAGGGGGAGCUGUCCCUGAAGGCAGGCGAGAUGCCACCAGGUGGAGGCACCAGUCAGUAGCAAGCUGGCGAUGGUCGUUCGUUCGCGUCGCCGAAAGGUCGCGCCUUGCUGUCAUCUCGUUGUCAUGGCAACUGACCUAUUGACACACCCACAUACCCUGUCCCCAGCCGGCGUCCCCAUCGAUGAGUCACGAUCCGCACGCAAUUUGGUUUUUCUGAUCGUUGUGUGUAGUUUUGCCACAGUCUGUGAUUACGUUCCGUCAGCGUGCUCCUGGGAGGUCCCAUCUGGACAGGCUUGAAUGUGAUAUAGUGUACGGCGCAACGCACGCAGUUAUUGUACGAAUAUUGUUGCAAUCACUCAUCGUUGUGUGGCUAUUUUGAGGUGUGAUUUUUAAUGCGCUCUUCUGGCCGGGACGUGUAGUAUUGUAUUGUUUAUCGUGUCGGCAGUGACUGGGAAUAUUUGUAUUGAUGACCGCUCGGUGGUGUUGGAGGCGAAAUGAGUAUGCGUUUACUGAAUUGGUGUCCUACAGGUAUAUUUCAGGACAAUGUCAGAUAUAUGUGUUUCUUUGGAUGCUGGAGUGUUUCUUGAUAAAAUGCACAAGUGCUGGGUGAAUGAGUGUAUGAAAGAGAUGGUGUUUGAGAUUUUGAGUGUUGUAUAGUGGUGUGCAUGAGUUUUUGCCCAAAUUGUAAUAAAGUGUAAAACGUUGUGAGAUGUGUACAGAUAUUGCAGUGUACAGGGUAGAUGUGUAUGUUUGGUUUUAUCACAGCACAAAUGGAGAAUUUCCAAAAAUUUUGUAAUUUCAAUGUUAUGCAUCACAUUUAAGUUUUGAAAUUGUACUAAAUAAAUAAGACCAUAUAAUCUCAAUGGUUGCUAUCAGGCACAAA